CGCUCUCAUUCUUCUCUCUGGUCGCAAACUUGUGACGUCAAUGGCGACACUUGUUUCCUUUGUCUAAUCAGAAGGGACUGUCUUCCUGAGAAACUCUAUAGGGCACUUUGUGGUUUUAUCUUAUUUUUUAUAACAUAUACAUAUAUAUCUAUAUAAGAUACUUGUAAAUAUGUAUUUAUAUAAAUUACCUAUGUAAAUAAAAAUAAUGCGUAAAUCAACGAUAAUAUAACCGAAGAAAAUCAGAUGGAAGGAAAAAGUAAGAGAUUAUUUCCUUUUGAAAAGGAUUUGAUAAUGAAUAACCAGACCAAGAAAUUUAAAGUGCACACAAAUGAAAUGUCGAACAAUAUGGAAGAUAUAUUUGUAUCUGAACAUAAUUUUACGAGACAUUCACAAAUGCUAUUCUCAGAUACAAAUAAGGAAAGUGUUUCACUUGUUGAAAAAAUGAAACCAAUGAACAUUGCAGCUUAUGUAGGGCAAAAACAAGUUAUAGGUCCGGACACUGUUUUAAGUUAUUUAUUGAAAAAGGGAGAGAUUCCUAGUAUGAUAUUUUGGGGACCACCUGGGUGUGGAAAGACAUCUUUAACCAAUAUAAUAGCACACUUAGGUAUGAAAAUGAUGGGUAGUAACAUACAUAUUAUAAACUUAUCUGCAUCUAGUUCUGGUGUAAAAAAUGUAAAAGAUGCUGUUACUGUAGCCACAGAUAAAUCUAAAAUUGGGUGCAAAACUAUUGUUUUUAUGGAUGAAAUUCAUUGUUUCAACAAGCUUCAACAAGAUAUAUUCUUACCACAUAUAGAAGCAGGGACAUUUACCUUAAUAGGAUCUACUACUGAAAAUCCAUUUUAUAGUUUAAAUCCAGCUUUGCUAAGUCGCUGUCGUGUGUUUGUGCUACAUAAAUUAAGAGAAUGCGAUAUAAUAGAGAUUCUUUAUAAGGCAAUAAAGUGCAUAAAGGGAAGCAUACUUGACACACAAAAUAUAAAUGCACAUCAGAUUAAACUUUCUUCUAUUUCAAACCUUGACUUUUAUAUUGAUAAUAAAGCAAUACAGUGGCUAGCAGAAGCAUGUGAUGGUGAUGCACGUGUAGCUUUAAAUACUCUAGAAUUAGCAGUGCUUGCAAGAAAACCAGAGAGGCUAAAAGCAUCGUAUAAUAAUGAUGUUACAAUAACUCUACAAGACAUUAAAGACAAUAUAAUAAAAGCACAUGUACUUUCUGAGAAAGAAACCAAUCAAACUCAUCACUUGUAUUCUGCACUUCAUAAAUCAAUAAGAGCUGGUAAAUCAAAUGCUUCUUUAUACUGGAUGGCCAGAAUUAUGGCAGUUAAAGAAGAUCCAGUAAAUAUUGCAAGACGGCUAAUUAGGAUAUCUAGUGAAGAUAUUGGUUUAGCAGAUCCUGAUGCCUUAGGUAUUGCUGUUCACACAAUGUAUGGAUGUCAAAUGAUUGGUAUGCCAGAGUGUGAUGUACUGUUGGGACAAUGUACAGUCUAUUUAGCAAAAGCGCCAAAGUCUCGAUUGAUAUACAACGCAUUAAAAGCUGCGGAAAAAGUUAUUUUGGAACAUGAAGGUCUUCAACCUGCUAUACCUUUGCACAUGAAAUGCAACUCUGCAGAAGAAAAACACAAAAGCAGCAAUGAUACUAGAAAUUUACUGAAUCAAGAAAGUUGUAAUAAAUCUUGUUUACCAGAAGAGUUACAGUAUACCAAUUUUUUUUAAGGAAACCAAAGUUUGUAAAUAAAGAAAAACAUUUAUAUCAAA